UAGAAAUAAUCAUCAAGUCACACCGCCGAACUACCCUCCUAUAUUCAAUGAUUCAAAAAUGGACCUUUCACUCUUCAUGCCUCUUCUUUAUAUACUCAACACCAAUCAUCCUUCUCUAUGAUAGUAAACACCAAAUUGAAAAGGAGGCCCAAGUGGAAACGCAGCUAAAGCUAUGAGUAGCAGCAACGAGGGAACGUCGGAGUCUGACAAUGAGUCGCAGAAAUUUCCAAUCCCUCAACCGCCGGCUAAUUAUAGUUGGAAGGGACCUUCAUUGCUGCGUAAAGGUUGUGGCGUCAAGCUUUAUACGCAAGGGCUACAAAAGUUAGCUGAAAAGAUUCCAAAAAUUUUGAAAAAAUUUGGCGGUGAUGAUCAAGUGGAGCGGUUUAAAUCAGGGGUUCUUGGCCGCUUGCUUGACAUUAGACGGGGCUGUAAUUCAACAAUGCCGUUGUAUUACCUUGUCGCCCGACAGUUAGAGGGCGAUAUACCUAAAGACGAACAAUUCGGUUCACACCAAAGGAAUAUGCCAUGAUCACCGGGCUCAACUUUGGGCCCUCUGAUUUUGAUCCGUAUGCAUCCACCCUUCAAAUACCUAGAAGCAGUAUUUACUAUACAUGUUUCGAUGGUAAGGCUGCAAAAUUAGAACAGUUGAAGAAGAAAUUCCUUAACAAAGAGCUUGGCAGCGACGUUCAAAACUAUUUCAGGGCUGCAAACUUGCUAGUGUACUAUGACUGCCUCCUUUGUCGUUCUGACGAUGUUUACGUAGAUGACUGGGCGUGGGCGCUAGUCGAGGACACUGAGGCAUGGAACCGGUUCCCAUGGGGCGCGUAUACUUAUGGUGUAUUGUGUCACAACAUAGAGAGACCAUAUUUGUAGAGGGUAACUUCAAGGUACCAUUUUUACGGCCCGGUCUGGGCUUUCCAGAUUUGGUCGUAUGAGGCCAUUCCCGCACUAGGCAAGAACUGUGGAGUCCAAGACAGAAAAGAUAUAUUGCCUCGGUGUUUAAGGUGGAGCUCAAAGCUAGGCAAAAGAAUCGAUUAUAAGUACUUCUUCGACGAUCCGAGGUUGAAAAUAUCUCCCUUGGCACCGACGGAUGAAGAGCUGGUAAUGCCUUAUAUGAAAUUCAUUGGCAACGAUCUUGACGAGAUGUUUAAUGUGAGAUACAAGCCUCCUCCACGAGGUUCGAGGUAUAGGAAGAGGAAGACAAUUGCAGGGGCAGAGUCGUUGAAGCGUCGUCGAUGGGAGAGAACUUUAUCCAGUGAUACGGAUGAGACAGGGCACUCUGACUCUGAGCACGGAGCAAGAGAGAAGUGAAGCAAAUGAUCAUGCGGGACACUCAGGGCAGCCAAACACUCAGGGUGAAGAUAUAGAGAGCCGAAUCAGGACAGUUUUGUUUGAUGAUUCUCCUACUGGCUUUCUUGCUCUACUCGUUCAGAAGAUUGGUGACCGGUUCGAACAUAUGCAGCAUGAGCAGUCCGCUCUGCUUGAUAAGAAGAUCGAUGAUCGGAUCAACCAGUGGUUUCAACGUAGGCAGCAUGAGCAGUCCGCUUCCCACCACUCUGCACGCGAUGAACUCCGCAUCCCUACUGAAACUAAGUUGGAUGCUGACUCGACUGAUCGGAGGGUGCAUGACGAAGUCCACAUCCCUACUGACACUAAGCUGGAUGCUGACUCGACUGAUCGGAGGGGGCGUGACGAAGUCCACAUCCCUGUUGAAACUAGGCUGGAUGCUGACUCAACUGAUCAGAGGGGGCGUGACAUCCCUAUUGAAACUAAGCUGGAGGUUGAGUCGACUGAUCGGAGGGGGGCAUUAGCAUCAUCUGGGUGUGAUGUGGUUGACAUCUCGAGUGAUGAAAGUGAGUUUGAUGUUAACUCUACUGAUGAUGAGAGUGAAGCAUCAUUCUUUGUCAAGAAAUCAGCAGCAGUCCACUUCGCUAGUGAUGAAAAUAGGUGUGCAGCUUGCUCAAGCAUGAAAGUAGAACCUGUGGUAUUCUUUCAGAUGAAGAAGAUGAAGAAGAAAAAUGAGAAAGAGAAGAAGAUUAAAGUGGAGGCUCAUUCCUAGCGCGAUAAAGAAAAUUUGGCUUGGUUUUUCAGUUUUUUUCGGUACGGUUAAGUAUUUAUUUUGGAUGUUUGGAUCAGAAGAACAAAAGCCGAAUUAUAUAAA